UUAUCUAUGCAACUCACAACCACAACUGACAACUGACGUUUGAUUAAUCAAAAUAUUGAAAAUAAUUGAAGAAAAACCGUAAGCCAAGAAAAUAAAGAAAAACCGAAUUUGUAUUUAUUAUAAAUACGAAAGCUAGAGAUAUAACUUUGUCAAUGGAUGAAUUCGUCAAUUACAUAUUGCUUAUAUUAGUAAUACUACCAGUGAUUUUGUUCAUAAAUUUGUGGGCCGGUAUAGGAUGGGAACUUUUUGUAAAUAAUUAAAAUUGGAAAGAAAGUUAUCUCGUCUGACUCGUUAAUAGAAAGUCGUAUGGUACUAACCGACCUGCUGAUGGAAAAAAAACUUCACCCAGCUACAUGUUGUGCAGUUUGACAACAACUAAAGCAUUAAUUUAAGGGCGCAUUUUCAUUGGUCGAUAAGGCCCGCAUUCGGGGUGCGGGAGAUUUCUGUAACGCAUGCCAUAGGGCCCGCAAAGAGUUUAUCGUUUUCACUGGUCGUCAGAGCCCGAUUACGGGGUGCGGGUGAUUUCUAUAACGCAUGCGAUAAAGCCCGCAUGCGGGGAGCCAUUUUCACUGGUCGUUAGAGCCCGCAUUUGAAGUGCGAGAGAAUUAGGUACCUACAGUUUGGCAGUGGGUUUUGAGAUAAGCAGACGUACUCGCCAUGGAUCAACAAUUAUUGCUUUGUGGAGCAAUUUUGACUAUUUGCGGUGUAUUAAAAAAGAAAUUAAUAACUUCUUUGAAGAAAAAGAAAAAGAGAUUUUGGAUGCGAAAUUUACUUAAAAGUAGAAAGAUGCACGGUGCUUCUAAUACGUUGUGUGCGAACUUGAAUCCGGCAUUGGAAUGUGAUGUAGAAGAUCAUGAUAAUUUUUUCAGAAUACCUAAAAACUUAUUUGACGAUUUAUUGAGAAUGGUAGAAAAAAGAAUUGAAAAAAAAGACACAUUAUUUCGUGAGGCUCUUCCUGCACGAUUAAAACUUGAGGUCACCUUACGUUAUUUAGCUACUGGAGAUUCUUACAAAAGUUUAUAUUACUUAUUUCGUGUGUCCCCUUCUAUUAUGAGCAGUUUUAUACCAGAAGUGUGUGACGCUCUCUAUGAUGCACUGGCAGAUUAUAUAAAAGUCCCAAACACAGAACAAAAAUGGAUGGAUAUAAAAACUGGAUUUCAGUUAAAGUGGAAUUUUCCUGGAUGUAUUGGGGCAAUUGAUGGUAAACAUAUAAACUUGCGAGCUCCAGCCUGUAGUGGAUCUGAGUCCUAUAAUUAUAAAAAAACUUUUAGCAUUGUUUUACUAGCUUGUGUCGAUGAUGAUUAUUCAUUCACUUAUAUUGAUAUUGGAGCAAAGGGCAGAUAUUCUGACGGCGGAGUUUUUAGUAAUUGUUCUUUAAAACGAGCAAUUGAUGACGGUAGUCUGAAUAUUCCAGCAGAAAGUGUUAUUGUUGCGGAUGCUGCAUUCCCGCUUCAAAAUAAUAUAAUGAAACCAUACCCGGGAAAUAAUCUAACGACACGGCAAAAAAUUUUUAAUUACCGUCUUUCAAGGGCUCGGCGAAUUGUAGAAAAUGCGUUCGGUAUAUUGGCAAGCCGAUUUCGAAUUUUUGAAAAACCAAUAGCCAACAACGUCAAGAAUACCAUAAAAAUAACAAGGACAUCUUGCGCGCUUCAUAAUUGGCUAAGAAAAAAUGAUUCUAAUUAUCUUGAACCUGGACUUGCGGAUUAUGAAGAUAUCUCUACUGGUAUAACAAUUAAUGGCUCCUGGAGACAAGUACCUCUUCGAAACUUCGAGAACAUGGGAGAAGAUAAUACCUUAACUGAAAAUGGGACAACAAUUCGGGAUAGAUUCGCUGAUUACUUCAGUAGUGAAGGUGCAGUGCCGUGGCAAACAAGAUUUAUUCACUAACAUUCCGGAACAAUUUGAGGGUAGACUGCACUAGGGACAGCGCCGCGGCAGAACCCACUAUGCCCCGCGGCACUUGUUUCUUUAAUAAUACACUUCUCAUGAAAAAAACGAAACAUUUCGAUUUUUAUUUAACUUAUGAUAAUAAAACAUGAAGUACCUAUAUAAAAAAAAAUAUUUGAAUUGGAUCAUCAAUUCAUUAACUUUUUUAAUUGAACACCUCAUGGUAUCACUACUAACCUAAACACACAUUUUUUCAGUAAUCUUUAAAAAACAAACUCGCGAGGUGUUUUUUUUUAUGAGAAGCGUAUUAGAUUGUCUCGUGUUACUCCAAAAAAUGUCUAAAUAAUAAAAUAUAAAAAAAAUAGUGAUAUUUUAUAUAAUAUUAUAUUCUUAAAAAUAUAUAUUAAAUAACCUACUUAAUUAGGAUUGUCUUUG